GGCUGAGCAGGAAACUGGGAAUGUCGACGAAAAAAUAACGGCUCAAAGUUGAAAUGUGAAAAGUAGCAAAACAGGUCCUGUCCAGCCCAAAGACGCUAUGAGGAAGUAGCUUCACUGUUUCCUGCGCUGAAUAGGACAUUAAAAAGUUUCCCAGAAGUCCCAACAGCCAUGAAGCUUCGACUGCACUUUGUGGUGGACCCUAUGGGCUGGUUGUGCAUCAGUGUGGUAUUUGGGAUCUGGCUCUACAACACUUUCUUUGUUCCUAAACUGGUCCUAUUUCCACACUACAAUGAGGGACACAUUCCCUGGGCCAUAGUCGUUUGUUACUACAUAGCAUCGGGGCUCUGCCUAGCAGCACUGUUCAGAGCUUCCACAGCAGAUCCAGGCCGUCUUCCUGUGGACCCACACAUACCUCACUCUGAGAGAGAGCACUGGGAGUUGUGCAAUAAGUGCAACUUAAUGAGACCUAAAAGGUCGCAUCACUGCAGUCGCUGUGGCCACUGUGUGCGCAGGAUGGACCACCACUGUCCCUGGAUUAAUAACUGUGUGGGAGAGGACAAUCACUGGCUCUUCCUGCAGCUGUGUUUCUAUACUCAGGUCCUCAGCUUAUUCACACUGGUGCUGGACUUCUGUCAGUACUAUUACUUCCAGCCACUGACAGGACUGGACCAGGAAAAGUUUACAACACGUCAUGAACUGGCUCUGCUGCGAAUCUCUGCGCUCAUGGGCGUGGUCAUGUUUGGGGGCAUGUCCACUUUGUUUUACACGCAGAUGACUGGCAUCCUCUCAGACAUGACCACCAUUGAGAAAAUGGCUCCGUUUUCAAAUGAAGCAUAUGGCGCAAAGAGAUCCUGGCAGUGGGCGCUAGCUGAAGUUUGUGGCACUCGCUGGAAACUCCUUUGGUUCAUCCCACUCCGAAGCAGACAGCCACUCAAUGCCAGCCACCAGUUCCGCACACAUGUGUAGGCCGGCGGCACUCCUACCUGCACAGAUGGUAGGAGCUGCCCUGAUGAAACACUGUAGACACUCUUAAGAAUCCAUCUGCUCGCCUUCACCAUCCUCCUUUGUGCUAUGAGAGCUGGGCAGCAGUGUUGGUUUUUCAGUGGAUAUGCCAAGUUUUUUGUUUUUUUUCCCCCUUCCUUUCUUUUGCCUUUCUCUAUAAGGCCCAGACUGGCAGAAAACAGGGUCAAGAAACACCUUUGGGAGUAAUAUGGGAAAAUGUUGUUUUUUUAACUCACUGUGACUGCUACUUUUAGCAUUUGGAAACCACUUUUUUGGCUAAUUGCAAAAGAAGGAUGGAAGUUUUUAUCUGAAAGCAGCUGGCAAAGGGACCCCCCCCCUCCCCCUCUCAGGUUACUUUAAUAAAGAGCCUUGACUACUGACCUUUAAUCAACUACAGACAGAACAACGGUUACUUCAGUAUGUCUUUUAGAGAGGCAUUUUUGUAUGAAGUUUGUGCCUUGUUUCUUUUAGCUGUACUUUUAAUUUGUGUGUUUGCUCCGUUUUCCAUGUUGUUGGGAAGUUGUUUUUUUUGGUUAUUGUGUUUUUUUUGUGUGAAGGGACGUGUUUGUCAUUAACUGUGUGUCUUUUACUGUUUAUCUUGUGAGGAUUUACAAAUGUUCUUUUGCAUCGUUCUAUGAACAGUUUAUCUGUGAAGCAUUGAUUUAUGAAGAAUGGCGCAGAACAAAGUUGAUAACUUGAAAGAUCAUUUUUAGGCCUUUCAUAACACAUCGGCAGCCUAGUGUGAACAUGUGUUAUAGAGGGCAGUUAAUCCAUGCAUUGCAACGGCAAAAACCCACAUUAGAACCAAACUUAUACAAUCAAUCUUAGAGUUGUGUGUUGUGGUCAAACUGCUGCAUAAUCAAGCGUAUAACAUUCCUCGGCCAGAUAAUGCCAUGACUUGGUGUUACUUUGGUUUAGAGGGGGUUUAGGUGUCGUGUUUUGCCCUCAAAGAUGACUUGAAUCUGUCUGCUUCUCUUAAAUGAGUAGUUUAACUUUGUACCACACUUAGAUCCACAGCUAACAGCUUAGCAUGAUGUGACCCAUGUAAACAUAAACCACUGACACUUUAUCAAAUACAGUUUUUGUGUUUUAAUGUUCUAAAUUAAUGAGAUAAAUCCUAGAACUUGUUAAGCGUUGGCUGAGCAGUUUGUUUUUGCCUUUGGACAAUGCCAGGCUAACUUAUUCCUUUUUUUAUGGUCUUAAAGCUAGGUAGCCACUGGCUAGUUUAGCUUAAUGUGAAGCUAAGCUAGAUGACUUGGUUAUAGCUUCAUAUUUCCUGAAGAGGUUUAUAUAAGUGGUAUCAAGUUUUUAUUUUUUAAUUUCUUUUUAUGUCAUGAUUUAUCCCAAAAUGUUAAAACAUUCCUUUAAACCAGUCUAUUUAGCCAAAGUGUAUGUACAGUUCAAUGCAUUAGCAAAAUCAACUUGAACAUUUCUUUUAAUUUAGACUGUUGACAACAUAAUUUCUAAUUGAUAUUUAUCAUUUUGUGCUGCUGCUGUUGUAGUUGGGUCUUUAAUGCGUCUGAACAAACGAGCUUUAUUAACGCUGUCAGUAAAACUAGCAGAUUGGCCCACUCGUGAUGGCGUACAGCUAGUCCUUGACAAGACACUGGCAACUUAUUUAUGGUGGUUUUACUGUAUGUCUGUGGAACUGUUUGGACAUUUUAUUGACUUCUUUAAUGGGAUACUUAAGGUAAUGACAAUACUAUCAUUGCGUGGUUGUCUUUAAUACUUGGCAAUCUCUUAGCUAAACCUGUAUGUAAACAAAGCUUGUCCAUGUGUUGGGAAAAUAGUACAAUAUCCAAGUAGUUGUAAGUGCCUGUCUACUUUUUUUUUGUUUUUAUUUACUAUAAUCAUCGUUGUAUGGCUGUCUACAAGCCAAAGACCUGGGGAAAUGUUGCAAUAGUCAGCGAGCAUACAGUUAAUGCAUGUUUCACCAAAUUUCCGAAGGUAGCGGUUCAAUAUUAUGCACUGAAUGAAUUUCACAUUCGCACACAGUCUUGUUUUACUGCAACCACAGUACUGAUGAAAGUAAGUCUUUUUUUGUGUGUGUGUGUGUGUGUAUUUAUGAUUUGUUCGGAUUGUUUGCAUUUGCAUGAGUGUGUAUUACUGAUGACUCUGCUCUGUGAUUUUUAAAAUAUUUUUUUUUUAUAAUGCAUAUUCAGGUUCUUGGGUGUUUGUGUGUGCGUGUGUUUUUUAUUAUUAUUUUGGGGUCGGUUUAAUGAGGGGAUAAAUUUGCAUGAUUGACACUGUUUUGUGUUAUCGUUUUUUAAAGCAAUAAGCAUUGUGUAUCAGUAAAGCCAUCCGAAUUAUUAUAUGUAUUGUGAAGUUUAUGAACUGGUGGAUGGAUUUCAGUCAUUACUCGCUAACCAGUAAUUACAUGACUUGAAUAUCUGUCCUUUGUUUAGUUACCUCUGCCGAUAUUACCACACACUGUGGUGUGUAUAUUUUCAGCUAAUACUUAGUUUAAGUAAUCAGUUAACAAUAUGUUGGCCUCUGCACCUCAUGCUGAUAAUACCGGAAUAACUGAAAGGCUCGAAUUAAUUGUAUUUGAAUCAUAACCUGCAGCAAAUUGGAGGUCUGAAUAUUUGUGUUACUCUGACUUCCCUUCACAGUUGCUACCUGGCGUCCCCCAGAGCUCUCAGUUCGGAUCUGUGCGUUUUGUUCAUCUUGUUCAUUGUUUAUUUUCUGUUUUUUGGAAUAUGUUUACAACCUUUUUGUUUUUGUUUUUUUUUUGUUUUAUUCUGACCUCAAACAGUAGAACUGUUGUGUUAACUGUUUUGUAAGUUAACCUAAUACUCCAUAAAUAUGUCUCUUUAUGUUUAGGAACCCUGUGACAAGUUGGUAAUUUAUUAUAAAACCAUUAUUGUGAUUAUAGAAAGUA